AUGACAUAUGUCUCGGCACAGCUCUUUCUCAUUCUCUUUGUUUUGCCACUCAUGCAAACGCCUUUCCUUCCUUCUCUCUCGAACAUAGUCACCCCCCUCGACCCCUCGACCCCUCGACCCCCUCCCUCAUUCUUCCUCUUCUCUCUAUCCUUCUCUUCUCUGCUCACCUCAUCUCUCCUCCCCGCCCCUACAACGCCCCUAUCCAUCGUCAUCACUGUGUUUGCCAGCUUUUUCUCUUUGUAUUUUCCCUCUCGUCAAUCUUUUCACUCCUGCCACGGUGGAAAAAUUCUUGAAAUCUGCUUUCAGAUUAUCAGCGGAAAUCAGCUGCCAACGAGGCUCAACCUAGUUGGCCUGCCCUAUACCGCUGGAUCUCGAGGGCUCUCACGGUGCGCUAGAUUACCAUUAUUGACGUCCGAGUAAUCACCCACCACAUCCCGCCCGCCCCUUGGCUGGUGGAUUCGGAGCCAUGGCCAACCAACUCGACCCGCACCACCUGGUGGCUCUGAUGUGCUACGAAUUCAGGAGUGGGCAAGAUGGUUCUACUCGCCGCUUGGACCCUCCCUCUGGCCUCACAUCCGGCAUCGUCGAUCACUAUGGAACAAACCUCUACAAUUUAAACACCGUACCAAAGAAAUUCGCUUGACGAUCGCUGAGAACAAAGACGUUGGGGAUAGCCUUGUUAACCAU